UUUCCCUUUUCCACUUAAUGAUGGGCAUGGACCAACCCUCUGGUACUGUCGGCAUCCCCUAUCAUCGAGCCCAGUCCAAGGGCUUUGACGUCGAUUACGAUCAGUCGAGAGGCUCCUUCAUGGACCAGAUACGACGGGCGCUCAAGAAGGCAUUCUCGAGUGGUGACACGAGUAGCCCAUCGAAUCGACAACAGGGGGAAUUUUACGCUUCUCAAGUGUCGUCAUCGUAUGCAACGGUGUCACGAAGAGUCGAUCAGCAGGAGGCGGACAGUUUGGGGUCUAACUCGACAGAAGCUCCACCUUGUGAGGAUCAUGCGGCUGCUAUGGCAUCGCAUGAAAGUUUCCAUGUGCAUCAUCAGGCAAGUAGUCGGUGUAGUGGCAAUAAACCACCAGUGUGGUCGUCAAGUCGCAGACCACCGCCUCCUGCCCGCCGUGUACCUCAGCCGUGCUCCUCUUCACGGUUCAUCAACAAUCCAUCGUCGUCUCGUCUACAUACGAUGACGGCAGCUUCAUCCGGUAGGCCCAACCCGUUUGUAGACGACUUGUGUUCUCGUCAUAUUGAAGGCAUGCCUGGCAAUGGAGCAUUGAUGCCAAGAGGAGGAGGAGAAUUUUUCCCCGACCGGAGGGCCACUGAGACUACGGUGUUUCCGUCUGAGGCAGAAGCCGUAUUUGCGCGGAUGCGCAUGCUUGGUCAAAAGUGUAAGAACGAUUCUGGUCGCCACAAGUUGAGUAGAGAUCCUAUUACUGGAGAGAAGUUGCUCGUUUUGCGGUAGAGCAAUUUCGACUUUAACGAUUGCUGUCUAUUAUAGUCUUGAUAAUAUUGUUUAUAUUUGCUGGCGACGCCAGCACAGCUGU